GAUCGUCACGGGCAUGUCCUGCGGCGUCUGCGUCUCCGUGGAUGGCCCGCGCGACAUGAAGCCCGAGGCCUUCGUGUGCAACGUCGGCCACAUAGACACGGACUGCGACGACUGGCAAGACGACCUCCAGCGCACCGCGCGCUCCUCCAUCGGCAUCCUGCGCGAGUUCGAGAAGCACCCCGACAAAGAAGAGCUCGGGCUAGUGACCAACAUUCUGUGCUUCUUGCCGGUGGACCGCUCCGCGAAGGAGCCAGGCGCGCAGGAGUUCUUCAAGGAGUUCAACUUCUCGGCCUGGAAGUCCGAGAAGCAUGCCUACGACUGGUACGUCCGCUCGCCCGACCACAAGGAGGUGAUGACGGAGCACACGAAUGGGAUCCUCAAGAGAUUCGGGAACGUCCUCACCAGCUUGAAACCCACACGGGAGAUACGGUGGCAG